AUGGCAAAAGCAAAAGGUCGCGCGCAUCUCUUCGAGGAGCCCGAGAAAGCUGCCAAGGACUACGAUCCGGAGGCCGACCUCGAUGCCGGCUCCAUCAGCGGCAGCGACGCAAGUGAAGAUGCCAAUGCCGGGACGGAACACUACGAAACGGUGGGAAAAAGCAAGCUGAGGCAGAAAGAGAAUGUGUCACUGGGCCCAGCGUAUCGGGGAUCAAAAGUUUCUCGAGCGGCCUUGGACCAGGAGAGCGACGAAAAUGAGGACGAGGACGACGAUGAAGAAGGCGAUGAAGCAUACGCCGAUCCGGAUCUGAUCGACCUCGAGGCAGAUGAAGCAGAGGCAAGCGACUCGGAGAUUGACAGCGACAACGCGCUUGGCGAGUCGGAUGCCGAGCACUUUGAGGGAUACACUUUCCGCGGAAGCUCAAAACCCGCCAAGGCCAAGGCGAAGCGUGCGACGGCCGCAGACUUCCUGUCAUCGUCUUCGGACGAAGAAGGCGACCCCAAUGGCGCUGACGCGAGCGACGAUGAGGACGAGGACGAGGACAUGAACGAUGGCUUGGAUGAGCUUGCCAAUGGAGGUGGCACCUCUGACGAGGACGAGGAUGAGGAUAAUGAAAGCAGCGACGAAGAGGAGAGUGACUCGGACGACGAAGCUCCCAAAAAGAUUGCUGGACCUAAACUGCAAACCAUGUCCGGCCACUCUAACCCCGACGUCCAAAAGGGCUUGGCAAUUCAGCAGCAACGCAAGGUCUACGAUGGUCUCCUCAACCUGCGGAUCCGACUCCAGAAGGCACUUGUGGCAUCCAACACAUUCCCCACGGUGGAAGAUGCCUCGGAAGCCGAAUCGGAGCCCUACGAAGCGGCUGAGGAGGCAGCCGUGAAGCUUCUCAACACCAUCAGCUCGCUCAAGGGGACAUUUGGCCCGGCCGGUGGGGCUGGCAGCAAGCGCAAGAGGGACGUGGAGAGAUCCAUGACGGCUGCACAGAUGUGGGAAUGCCUUCAGGAAGAGGACAAGAGACUGUCGAAAGCCCGCAAGGCGAAUCUGGAGAAAUGGUCGCAAAAGGUCCGCGCAGUGAACGAUGCCUCCAGCAGGAAGAGCCUGGUGAGCAGUCUCGAGCAGCAGAUCGACGACACCGAGUAUCGACUCGUCAAGCGGACCAAGGUGCCCCGAUCAUGUGCGCCAGCCCAGGCCGCCAAGAGAGUGACCGAGGACGAGGACAUUUUCGACGAUGCCGACUUUUACCAGCAGCUGCUCAAGGAGCUUGUGGACCAGCGCAUGGUGGACUCGUCCAUUGAGCAGGCCAGCACAGUGCCGUCAGUCAUGCUCACGGCGGCGCGGGACGUGAAGACGCGCAAGGUUGUCGAUCGCAAGGCUAGCAAGGGACGCAAGAUGCGUUUUACAGUUCACGAGAAGCUUCAGAAUUUUAUGGCACCCGAGGAUAGAAGGGUAUGGGAGCAGGGGGCCAUUGAUCGCUUCUUUGGCACGCUCUUUGGGCAGCGCCUGGAGCUUAACGAGGAGGACGUGCAGAGUGAUGAGGACGAUGACCUUGGAGGUCUUAGCGCGGAAGCAGAGGGUCUGCGCCUCUUCAAAUAG